GUUCUUGGUUGUGCAACUGCUCAGCCUGCUGUCAAUAUCGGGCACAAGGCGUGAUAAGCAAAGUUACUGCUCCUCCGAGUUGAUUAUGAGGAAGUAAAAAUCGGGCUGCGCUCCGGCGUUUGGAGAGGACACAAUAACGAACGUGGACGAUUCUUUUGGUCGGAUGUGCGGCGGGAUUGAAGCCAGUUCGGGAACAGGCGCAUGGGGGCAUGGCCACCCUGUGGAUGGGCGACUUGGAACAGUAUAUGGACGAGACUUUUAUCAAGCAAGCCUUUACUGCAAUGGGUGAGCCAACUGUUAAUGUGAAAAUCAUUAGCAACAGAAUGACUGGAACACUCGCAGGAUAUUGCUUUGUGGAAUUAGCUGACCAAACUGCAGCUGAUCGUUGUCUUCAUAAAUUAAAUGGGAAGCCUUUGCCAGGUUCAAAUCCGCCCAAAAAAUUCAAGUUGAAUUAUGCAACCUAUGGAAAAAAAGCAGAUGUUGGCCAGGAAUAUUCCAUAUUUGUGGGCGAUCUCUCUCCUGAAGUUGAUGAUUUUCACCUCUAUGAUUACUUUGUGAAAAAAUAUUCAUCUUGUAGAGGUGGAAAAGUGGUGACAGACACAUCUGGAAACUCAAGAGGUUUUGGGUUUGUCAGGUUUUCUGAUGAAGCAGAACAGAAAAAAGCUUUGGAAGAAUGUCAGAACAGCAAAGGAUUAGGAGGAAAGCCAAUCCGAAUAAGCAUAGCAGUACCUAAAAGUGUGAAGACCAAGCCAGAAUACCAAUCAACUGCCACUUACAACUAUACACAGUACUAUCAGCAAUAUUACUCUCAAUGGGGUUACGAUCCCUAUGGCAGCUACAGCUAUGGGUACCCACAAUAUAGCAGCACUGAAACGCCACCAGUAACCUCUUCCCUGAUCACAGAAAUGACACAAUUGCCUGAGUUUCAGCAGAAUUCCAUAAUUCCUGAUGAAACUGAAGAGGAGCCAGUGGAAGAUCCAGAUCCCAAGUUGGAUAUUGAUGAAGUUAACAAACAAUUCAUGGAACAAAGUGAAGAACUAUAUGACUCUUUAAUGAAUUGUCACUGGCAACCCCUGGAUACAAUCACAUCAGAGAUUCCCACUGCAGUAUGACGUAAUUGAGAAAUGCUAUUUCAAUUUCUGUAUGUUGAGCAGAUUGACCUUGUGUCUUACAAAGUAUAUUGAAAAUAAACUGCAGUAAAAUGUA